CAAAACCACAGUAGCGCGACCAGGACAGCCCCUGCCUUAAAACCAGUCAACCUCCUCGCUCUGACCAACCCAACGUCGGAUCCUUCCUUCCCUCCACGCCCGGCGCCAUGCCGCCCGCCCUCCCCCACUCCCUCCUCCUCCUCCUCGCCAUCACGGGCGCCGCCGCGGCCUCCGAGGUGGACGCGCUCAUUGCCUUCAAGCGCGCCCUCACCAUCCCGCCGGCGGCCGCUGCCUUCUUCGACACCUGGGAUGCCGCGGCGACCUCCCCCUGCAACUUCACCGGCGUCACGUGCGACACCCGCGGCCGCGUCACCGCCGUCUCCGUACGGGGCCAGGGCGUGUCCUCCGCGUCCGUCCCGUUCGAGGACCUCUGCGGCUCGUUACCCGCGCUCGCGACGCUGUCCCUGCAGGAGAACGCGCUCGCGGGCGGCAUCGACGGGGUGGCCGCGUGCGCGGGGCUCCAGGACCUCACCCUCGCGUUCAACGGCUUCACCGGCGCCGUGCCGGACCUCUCCCGGCUCACGAGCCUCCGCAGGCUCAACGUCUCGUCAAACAGCUUCGCCGGCGCGUUCCCAUGGGCCGCGCUGGCUGCCAUGCCGGACCUCGCCGUGCUCGCGCUCGGCGACAACCCGUUCUUCGCGCCGACCGGCUCGUUCCCGGACGAGGUAACCAAGCUCACGAACCUCACCGUGAUGUACAUGUCGGCGUCCAACAUUGGCGGCGUCAUCCCACUGGGGAUCGGCAGCCUGGUCAACCUCGUCGACCUCCAACUCUCCGACAACAACCUCACCGGCGAGAUACCCAAAGAGAUCGUCAAGCUCACCAACCUCCAGCAGCUCGAGCUGUACAACAACUCCCUCCGCGGCGAGCUCCCUGCGGGGUUCGGCAGGCUCACCAAACUGCAGUACUUCGACGCGUCCAUGAACAACCUCACUGGCAGCCUCUUCGAGCUCCGGUCCCUCACGCAGCUCGUGUCGCUGCAGCUGUUCUUCAACGGCUUCACUGGCGAGGUGCCCCCGGAGUUCGGCGAGUUCAAGGAGCUCGUGAACCUGUCCCUGUACAGCAACAACCUCACCGGCGAGCUGCCCCGGAGCCUCGGGAGCUGGGCGCAGUUCAACUUCAUCGACGUGUCGACGAACGCGCUGUCGGGGCCGAUCCCGCCGGACAUGUGCAAGCAGGGCACCAUGCUCAAGCUGCUCAUGCUCGAGAACAACUUCUCCGGCGAGAUACCGGCGACCUACGCGAGCUGCAAGACGUUGCAGAGGUUCCGGGUCAGCAAAAACUUGCUUCACGGCGAUGUCCCCGAGGGGUUGUGGGCGCUACCCAACGUCAACGUGAUCGACCUUGCGGGCAACCAAUUCACCGGCGGCAUCGACGGUGGCAUCGGCAACGCCACGUCGCUGACCAAUCUCCUAUUGGCCGGGAACCGGUUCACCGGCGUGAUACCGCCAUCGAUAGGCAACGCGUCAAAUCUCGAGACCAUCGACAUGUCGUCAAACGAGCUGUCCGGGUUGAUACCGGACAGCAUCGGGAUGUUGGCCCAUCUGGGCAGCCUUAACAUUGCGGCGAACGGGAUCAGCGGGGCCAUCCCGGCAAGCCUCGGCUCGUGCUCGGCGCUUAGCACGGUCGAUUUCGCCGGGAACAAACUCAACGGCGCGAUCCCGGCGGAGCUGGGCAACCUGCAGCGGCUAAAUUCUCUGGACCUGUCAGGGAACGACCUCUCUGGCGCUGUGCCGGCGAGCCUCGCCGCGCUGAAGCUGAGCUACCUGAACCUAUCCGACAACCAGCUCGCGGGUCCCGUCCCGGAGCCGCUCGCCAUCUCGGCCUACGGCGAGAGCUUCUUCGGAAACCCCGGGCUGUGCGUCACCAACGGUGCGGACUUCCUCCGCCGCUGCACGCCGAGUGCGGGUGGCCGCUCGGCAAACGCCGCGCGCACGAUCGUCACCUCUAUCCUGGCCGUCGCGGCGGUCCUGCUCGCGGUGCUUGGCGUGGCCAUAUACCUCAAGAAGCGCCGUCGCGCGGAGGCCGAGGCUGCCGUCGCCGUAGGGUCCGGCAAGCUUUUCGCCAAGAAGGGCUCUUGGGACCUCAAGUCGUUCAGGGUCCUGGCGUUCGACGAGCGCGAGAUCAUCGACGGCGUCCGCGACGAGAACCUGAUCGGCAGCGGCGGCUCCGGGAACGUGUACCGCGUCAAGCUCGGGAACGGCGCCGUUGUCGCGGUGAAGCACAUCACCCGUGGGCGCGCGGCAGCGGCGGCAGUGGCGGCGAGCACGGCCCCGUCGGCCGCCAUGCUGCGCUCGGCGUCCGCACCGCGGCGCACGGCGUCCGUGCGGUGCCGCGAGUUCGACUCGGAGGUGGGCACGCUGAGCUCCAUCCGGCACGUAAACGUGGUGAAGCUCCUCUGCAGCAUCACCAGCGAGGACGGCGCAGCGAGCCUGCUAGUGUACGAGCACCUCCCGAACGGCAGCCUCUACGAGCGGCUCCAUGGCCCCGAGGGCCGCAAGCUGGGCGGCCUCGGAUGGCCGGAGCGCCACGACAUUGCCGUCGGCGCGGCGAGGGGCCUCGAGUACCUCCACCACGGCUGCGACCGGCCCAUCCUGCACCGCGACGUCAAGUCCAGCAACAUCCUCCUGGACGAGUCGUUCAAGCCCCGCAUCGCCGACUUCGGCCUCGCCAAGAUCCUCAACUCCGCCACGCUGGACUCGUCCGCCGGCGUCGUCGCCGGCACGCUCGGCUACAUGGCGCCAGAGUACGCGUACACAUGGAAGGUGACGGAGAAGAGCGACGUGUACAGCUUCGGCGUGGUGCUGCUGGAGCUAGUGACCGGGCGAACGCCGAUCCAGGCAGAGGGCGGCGAGAGCAAGGACCUCGUGGACUGGGUGUCGCGGCGGCUGGACAGCCGAGACAAGGUGACGUCCCUCCUGGACGCCCGGAUCAGCGAGGGCUGGGCCAGGGAGGAGGCCGUCCGGGUGCUGCGGGUGGCCGUGCAGUGCACCAGCAGGACGCCGUCGAUGCGGCCGUCCAUGCGCACCGUCGUGCAGAUGCUGGAGGACGCGGCCGUCGCGCCGGGAAAGGUCGUGGAGGUCAAGGUGGUCCCCUAGGCGACGCCGUGUCCGGCACCAGCGCACGGGUUGAUCGAUAGCGACCGCCCUAUCGGAGAAAACGCAAGAAACUUGCUCGUUAUUCCGUGCUGAAGCUUGUAGUUACUGUAUGUAGAUAGGAUUCUUGAGAAGAGAGAAGCUAUUUCAGGUCAAUGCAGAUUAUUGCCAGAAUAAUUAUCUGUAACAGUAAGAUAAUACUACUAGGCAGUUUUGUAAUCA